GAGCAAUGAAUGUUGGCGUUAUACAUAUAAACCCACACUCAGCAGCAGCGGGAGCUCCACAGCGUUUCUUGGUACCAUCGCUACUCUCGGAUUCUCACGGAAUUUGCGGUUUCUCGGUGAAAGGAGGAGGGGGAAAUCUGCUGUGGAAAGUGAGGGUUCAGGGAGGUGAUAAGAGGUGGAAAUGGAUUUGAAGCUGAAUGCCAUCAACUUUCGGGCUCCAAAAUGUCCUUCAUUUGCUCUCCCGGCGGCGGUCAGCCUCAGAUCUCCUAGGUUCUUAAUGGCUUCCACUCUUCGCUCCGGUUCCAAGGAGGUCGAGACUGUGAAGAAGCCUUUUACCCCUCCUCGCGAGGUACAUGUUCAAGUUACGCACUCUAUGCCACCUCAAAAGAUCGAGAUCUUCAAGGCAAUGGAAGACUGGGCCGAGGAUAAUAUCUUGGUUCACCUUAAGCCUGUGGAGAAAAGCUGGCAGCCCCAGGAUUUCUUGCCGGAUCCUGCUUCGGAUGGAUUUCAUGAUCAGGUCAAGGAAUUAAGAGAAAGGGCCAGGGAGAUUCCAGAUGAUUAUUUUGUUGUUUUAGUUGGAGACAUGAUUACUGAAGAAGCCCUUCCGACCUACCAGACAAUGCUCAACACCUUGGAUGGUGUACGGGAUGAAACAGGGGCGAGCGCAACUUCAUGGGCUGUUUGGACGAGGGCAUGGACUGCCGAAGAAAAUAGGCACGGAGACCUCCUUAAUAAGUAUCUUUACCUUUCGGGGCGCGUAGACAUGCGACAAAUUGAAAAGACUAUUCAGUAUCUGAUCGGAUCUGGAAUGGAUCCGAGAACUGAAAACAGUCCGUACCUCGGCUUUAUCUACACAUCCUUCCAAGAAAGGGCAACGUUCAUCUCCCAUGGCAACACUGCGAGGCUUGCGCGAGAACAUGGAGACAUGAAGCUCGCUCAAAUUUGUGGUACAAUAGCCUCGGACGAAAAGCGCCAUGAAACAGCGUACACCAAGAUAGUUGAAAAGCUAUUCGAGAUAGACCCUGACGGAACAGUUCUGGCUUUUGCCGACAUGAUGAGGAAGAAGAUCUCCAUGCCUGCCCACUUGAUGUACGAUGGCCGUGAUGACAACCUUUUCGAUCACUUCUCUUCUGUUGCCCAGCGUCUUGGUGUCUACACAGCUAAAGACUAUGCCGACAUCUUAGAGCACUUGGUGGGCAGAUGGAAGGUCGAGAAUCUAACUGGAUUGUCUUCGGAAGGUCAGAAAGCUCAGGAUUACGUCUGCGGAUUGCCUCCGAGAAUCCGGAGGUUAGAGGAGAGAGCUCAGGGCCGCGCCAAGCAAGGACCGAGGAUUCCAUUUAGCUGGAUAUAUGAUCGGGAGGUGCAACUCUGAUAUAUGAUAUCUGGUAAGAACAAACCAAAACCCGAACUUUGUCUUGCUAUAUUCCAAUUUGUUUCUUUUCUUUUCUUCUUUUCAUGUUUCGUUUGUUGGAAAUAUUGUGUCGGGAGGUUAAAAGAAUGUGGGAUCGUAUUGGGGGUGUGAAAAUGGCUGUCGCCGUGUGGGUGUUUUGUUCCUAUUAGUUUGCCGUAGUUUGUUUUCGGUGUCGUGCUUUGGUGGCUGUAAUCUGGAAGGUCGAUUUUGAUGGUUGUUGAUGUUUCUUUCUUUUUUACCUCCCGGAAAUAAGACUUCUUCUUUUCGUA